UUAUAAGUCAGCGGCUGAAUGUGCAGUAUUAAUAAUAGAAUAAUGUUAAACAUGGAGAUGCAUGUUCUAAUUAGUGUCUUGUUUGCUUGCACUGUAACUGGGCUUCCAGUGAAAGAAGAAGUGUUUCCUGACGAUAUUUUUACUUCAUUGGAUUAUACAUUAUUUAAAAAUGAAGUAGCGUAUGUAUACGAUGACAACAAGAACCUGGUGAAGCUGACGUUGGAAGACGACUACGUUGAGCAGAAUGCAUAUAAAAAUGACAGCGAUUUGUCAAAAAGUGUCCUCUUUUACCUGUACAAAAGAGACACUCUCAUCAAAUCGAAGCAGCUCUAUGUUGACGACGAAGAUGCUCUUAAGAACAGCAACUUCGAUCCUACAAAACCAACGCGUAUUAUAACUCACGGAUGGAAGAGUUCGGGCAACGGCGAAUCGUGCAUUUUAAUUCGCAAUGCUUAUCUUCAGAUCAGCGAUUACAACGUUAUUAUCAUCGACUGGAAUGCAAUAAGUAACUUGUCCUAUAUUUCGGCUAGCAGGAGUGUCCUAGUAGUUGGUCAAUAUGUCGCCACUAUGAUUGAUUUUCUCGUAAAAUAUGGAAUGAAUUCGUGGGAAACCAAAGUGAUCGGCCACUCUCUUGGUGCCCAUGUAGUUGGAAUCGCUGCUUACAACGCUAACAGCGAUAUCGGUUACGUCGUAGGACUAGAUCCAGCUUGGCCCGGCUUUUGGUCAUCAGGUUCAGGAUCCAGAAUAUCGAAAGACGAUGCGAGUUACGUGGAGAUCAUUCAUACUAACGGUGGUCUGCUUGGCUACCUAACAGCCAUCGGAGAUAUUGACUUCUAUCCUAACGGUGGUCAAAAGCAAGUUGGCUGUGGAGUAGAUCUUGGCGGCUCAUGUUCUCACAGUCGCUCGUAUCAGUACUUCGCCGAGUCUAUCACUAGUCACGUAGGAUUCCUCGGGAGAAGCUGCGACAGCUUCUCUAAAUUUAAGUCGGGUUUAUGUAACAAUACGCACGCAUCUAUCAUGGGUGGUCACAAGUCGCUCUUCAGACCAAGCGGUACCUACUACCUCAGAACUAAUCCGUCGUCUCCGUUCGCGAUCGAACCGCUCGCGAUGUGACGCUGAUGAUCAUCGCUCUAUCUAGAAGGAUCGGCCAGAUUGACGAUCAGCCGUCAGUGAGGAUUCUGGAUUUGGAAAUUCAUUGCGAAACAGGAAGGAGAAAUCCGCCGGGCUAAACUCGUUUUUCCCGGCAAUCGAUCGGACGCGUUCACGGUGCGUAAUUUCGUUUCCGCCCGCAGCGGCUGUUUCGAACGCGAGUAUUGUAGCUCUCGUACCAGGGCAUUUUUAUAUCGUCUAAGCUGGGGCUACAAAUCGUUGAACUAUCGAGAAUUGUAGAUGCUACUUAUUGAAAGAACAGACUGAAGUAUUGUCGACAUCGCGCGACGUUUCGCUUUACCGUCGACCCAAUUACUGGGAUAACACAACCACCAUGUAUUUUGCGAAAUAUGUCCUGUGUGAUGUAAAACGCAUCAUAACUUUUCAUUGGAAAUGCAAAAUAUCGGGAGGAUACGUCCGGUGUUCUAAAUGCGAGCCAAGUCGCAUUACACACACGUAUCAAUUUCUCUGCCGUUGUCCAUUUUUUUUUCUCGCAGCGACUCGCAACGCUUCGAUGCGUAUACGCGUGCAAACAUCCACCGAGACGCAUGGCCUCUUGAAAUGCGAAUUGCUCGGACUAGCCGCGGCCUUAGUCGCGGUACAUUAAAUUUUAUCGUAAUAUAUCUCGCAUAUAUCGUGCAUAGCAACAAAGAUAAUAAGGCGAUGUGGAAAACAGUUGGAUUAAAUCGCGCGCUGAAUUUUAGGCUCCGGGCUGUUUCGUGUAAACAGACGCAGAUAUUUAUCAUUUUGACAUAAUGCACGAGAUGAAGUUUUGAAAAAGAAGAUAAACGUGAUUUCGCAAAAUAAGAGAGACCGUCGCGCUCGAAAUAAGAGUUACCUUCGUCCAUUUUAACGUAAAUGCGCGAACGAUGUUGAUUUUUAGAAACGGCUGAUCUUCAGAACAUAGCUAUUAUUAUGUAAAGUGUGUUAAUUCCGCAUUCCAGAUCUAUAAUGCUUGACUGAAAAAUGUACAAUCAUCUUCGUGAUAUUAGAAAUGUAAUGACAUUUGUUACAAUUUAUACUUAUUUACA